CCGACGAUUCGCGAUUACGAUUACCUUUUUGGUCCCUACUGUACGCCGUAGCGCUCGCAAAGAUGGCGACCGUAGGGUUGGUUAGCCGUCCUGUCAGUGUCCUUCCAAAGAUAUCAAGGGCCGCCUGCUCCCCCGCAGUGCUGUCCGCUGUCCCGGCAACAGUCCAGCACAGGAAGCUGCACCAUGCGCUCAUCCCCAAAGGAAAGGGGGGGCGAUCCUCUUCCAGUGGAGUAGCUGCUACAGUUUUCGGUGCCACCGGCUUCCUGGGACGCUAUGUGGUCAACAGGCUGGGUCGUGUCGGGUCUCAGGUUGUAGUCCCUCACCGCUGUGAUCAGUAUGACGUCAUGUACCUCCGGCCCAUGGGAGAUCUUGGACAGAUCAUUUUUAUGGAAUGGGACGCCAGGAACAAAGACUCCAUCAAACGAGCUCUGGAGCACUCCAACGUGGUCAUCAACCUGGUGGGCAGGGAGUGGGAGACCAGGAACUAUCACUUCGAGGAUGUGUUCGUGACCAUCCCCCAGCAGAUCGCCAAGGCAACCAGAGAGGCCGGCAUCACAAAGUUCAUCCACAUGUCUCACCUCAACGCUGACAUCCGCAGUCCCUCCAAGUACCUGAGGAACAAGGCCGUGGGAGAGACAGCAGUGAGAGAUGAGUUCCCUGACGCCAUCAUCUUGAAGCCGUCAGAGAUGUACGGAAGGGAGGACAGAUUCUUCAACUAUUACGCAAACAUGCGCUGGUUCGGCAACGCUAUUCCCCUUCUCUCCCUGGGAAAGAAAACGGUGAAGCAGCCUGUCCAUGUGGUGGAUGUGGCCAAGGCUAUCAUCAAUGCCAUCAAAGAUCCUGAUGCCAAUGGGAAGACCUAUGCCCUGGUGGGUCCCAACCGCUACCUUCUUCAUGAUUUGGUGGAGUACAUCUACGCCGUGGCCCACAGACCCUUCGUCCCCUACCCGUUGCCCCGCCCACUUUAUCACUUGGCUGCUCAGAUAUUUGCAAUGAGCCCAUUUGAGCCCUGGGUAACCCCAGACAAAAUCGAUCGGUUUCACACGACAGAUAUGAAGUACCCAGGACUCCCUGGUCUGGAGGAUCUCGGUAUCGUUCCUUCCACUGUAGAGCAAAAGGCGAUUGAAAUUCUGCGUCGCCACCGUCGUUUCCGUUACCUGGAAGCUGAGCUGGAUGAGACAAAACCAGCCAAGACUGUCAGCCACUGAGUUAACCCCCCCGACAAACUGCCCUGUACCAACAUGGAAGUGACAAGCAGAUCCCCCAUGUCGUUAACAAUAUUCUGUACAUAAAUAAAGGUUUAUCCUCUAACAUGUU